UCUAUAAAUAGAACUCGUUUCUCGAAUUCCAACCACGCCACAUUCCACUCGAAGCUAAUGGCAUUGUCGAGGCUCUGUACAACGUUGCUGCUCUUCUCUCUUCUUUUGAUCCAGCAAGCUGAAUCUGAUUAUAUGGUGAUUCAGUUGAACACAGCUGAGGAACCAGCUCCUCUGCCUCUAAAUAUAGAUUGCGAUGGAGCUUGCGAUGCUCGGUGCCGGCUGUCGUCGCGGCCACACCUGUGCAAGAGGGCAUGCGGGACUUGCUGCGUUCGCUGCGACUGCGUGCCGCCUGGAACUUCCGGCAACUACGACGCCUGCCCUUGCUAUGCCAACAUGACUACCCAUGGAGGCAGGCACAAAUGCCCCUAGAAGGGUUUCAUUUUCUACUUAGCUUCACUUGCGAAAAAUGUUCGUAUUUUGUUAACACAUUGCCGAGUUUGUGGAACUUGCCUAAUGUAUCUUAGUAAUAAGGACUUAUGUAACGUCCAAUCCAUAAAUAAACUUUCAGAGUAAUGAUUAUUAACAUUAAUGGAUUAUGGGUCUGCCUCUGUAAUUUUAUAAUUUUAGCCUUUC